GGGAUGAGCAUCGCGGUGCUGGGGCCCACCUUCGACAACCUGGCCGCCAACGUCCGCAAGAACGUCAGCGACAUCUACUUCAUCUUCGUGGGCCGGUCCCUGGGCUACCUAGGCGGCUCGGUGCUCGGCGGAGUGCUGUUCGACUGCAUGAACGCACAUCUCCUCAUCGCAUUAUCCAUGUUUGGGACGACAGCUGGUCUUUAUGCCAUACCCUGGUGUAAGGAAGCCCUGCUGCUGACUGCCUUGAUGUCAGUUAUUGGAGCUGCCAUGGGAGUUCUGGACACAGGUGGCAACGUGCUGGUACUGAACACAUGGGGAGCAGAGGCUGGGCCCCACAUGCAGGCCUUGCACUUCAGCUUCGCUGCUGGGGCAUUCGUGGCUCCCCUCCUGGCUAAAAUGGCCCUGGGGGGCUCCAACUCGCAAGGCCCUCCAGUGACUGAGCAGACAAACCACUCCCUCCUGAGGUCUGUGCCGACAGCCCCAGCUGCCACAGUGGUGCCAGCACUGCAGCACCACCUCAGUGCAGACUUUCUGUGGUCCUAUGUUGUCAUAGGCACCUAUCUGCUGGUGGUUUCUGUCUUCUUUUUUAUCUUGUAUUCGAAGGCCAACUCUGCUCAGGAGAAAUCCCAGGCCUCUGUGCAGAAGAACAUGUAUGCCAGGUACCACUAUGCUCUUCUUGGUCUCCUUUUCCUCUUCUUCUUCUGCUACGUGGGAGCAGAGGUCACUUAUGGCUCUUACAUAUUCACCUAUGCCAAGGUCUUUGCCGAGAUGAAAGACAGCGAAGCAGCCGCUCUGAACUCUGUCUUCUGGGGAGCCUUCGCAGCCUGCAGAGCCAUGGCCAUAUUCUGUGCUGCUUGCCUCUACCCUGGCACCAUGAUCGUGCUCAGCCUCAUGGGCUCUGCUGUCUCCUCCUUCUGCCUGGCCUUCUUUGCUAGCCGCUCGGCCUCGCUCUGGCUGGGCACCGCUGUCUACGGCGCCUCCAUGGCCACCGUCUUCCCCAGUGGCAUCUCCUGGGUCGAGCAGUACACAGUGGUGCAGGGCAAGGCAGCCUCGCUCUGCGUCGUCGGCGCCGCGCUGGGCGAGAUGUGCAUCCCCGGCGUGGUUGGCUACCUGCAGGGCAGGUUCCACCAUGUGCCCGUGGUGAUGUACACUGCCCUGGGGACCUCUGCCAUGACCGUCCUGCUCUUCCCCCUGAUGUACAAACUGGCCAACUGUCCCCGCAAGAGCGACUGCAAGCAGGUGAACGAGGGCGAGGUCUGCAAGGCUCUGCUGUCCACCUCGAGUUCGCCUAACGAGGACGAAGAGGACGAGGAGGAUGUGGCAGAGUGGAAUGAAGCAGACUUUGAGGUGAUAGAAAUGAACAACACUCUGAGAAACUCUGUGGUAGAGAUCUCCCAGAAGAGACCUGGGGACUCGCCAGCUGAGGUCUCUCUGCAGUCCCCCCUGGACAAUGUAUUGCAUGAUCCCCCUGCAGUUGCUGAUGGCUCCCCUGGGACUCAAGAGGAGGAUGCUGACCAGGAGAAGCAUGAUUGA